AUGUUUUUUCCAUAUGGGAGCAUGAACAAACUAGCAGUUUGUUGGCAAAAGGCAGGAGCUUUGUUCCUUUCAUUCUUCCUUAACAAUCGGUGUAUUCUAUGCGAUAUGGAUUGCAAAAGUGUUGUUCACCUGUCCUACAACAUUCAGAAGAUUACUUCAUGCACCGAGAACAGGUCGGGUCUCGGCGGAUAUAACGGAGACCGUCUUUCGCUUCUUGCUUACGCUAAGCCGGAUUUGCUAUCUUUCCCUUUGAGUUCUUCUUUUGUUACUUCACUAACUCGAACAUGA